CAAAAACAAAAUGUCAGCCUCCUUACGCAAAAGACAACGAAGAGAAAAUUCAGAUGAUUCAGAAGAUGAAUGGACAAACGAAUCUUUUAAUUCAAGCCAGAAAUGUAUACCUCAUGACACGAGUGAAUGGACUGAUACUACUCUUCGUGAACUUAACAUAAGUUGGAACCAAACUGUAAUUAACAGUCCUAAUGAGUUACUAGAUUCAGUGAAUGUUCCUCCCUUGUCGGAGGAAUUGGAAAAUACUUCUACGUAUAUUGAGAAGAAACUUGAUUUCGACAUGACAUUUGAUGACAUUGAUCUUGACUUCAAAGCUGUAUAUGAUAAAUUCUCAGACUUGCAACAACUUCUGCGAAAUUCUGCUGGAGAAACUCAAAGGUCAUUUGAACAGGUUAGAACAUAUGGAAUUGAAUUUCUAGCAGCCUUAAAGAAACUUGUCGUCAGUAGGGCCUAUGCCCUGAAUAGUUAUAAAGCAUCCUUCCUGACCAUUUUAGAGUCCUUCUGCAAGAUGUGUCAGUUAUUUGGAAGUAACGUUUAUAUGAAAAGAAGAUGUAAGAUUCAUGGACAGGAGGUGAAUUCCAAGCCUGACCUCGUUUUUGAGAUUGACAAUUCACCAUUUGAGACAGCACACAAAUUAGAGAAUUUUAGUGGGGCAUCUACAUUAUGUGUGGCAGAGGUUAAAAAACACAAUCAUUCCAAAGUUCAUAAAAAAAGAAGAGAAACCAGAUAUUCAGAAGCUUCAAGUGACAAUUCAGAAGUGAACAAAGACUUACUGGAAACCGACGCAAUAACAAAAGAACCAUUAAUACUGCCAUAUGAAAUCAAUGGUUCAGCUCAACAUGCAGGACAACUGUUACUGGAAACUAAACAUUCAUUGUUUUUAUUUUCCAAGGCCAGUAUUGGAAUAAUGUUUACAGAAACAAAGAUGAUGAUGACUUGCCUGAAACUCAGCCGUAACUUCCUCCUUCACAUGGAGAAAGGAUUAAAUGAAACAGACAAUGGUAUUAUAUAUUAUACAAAGAUGUAUGACAUUCUUAAAACUGAGGAUAGAAGAGAACUCAUUACUGCUUUAUUAAGACUAAGCUGUUGUGCAGAUGCUGUAAAGAUAACAAAGACAUCAACAUUUUCUCAAGAAUAGUUCUGGUAUAAAAAUGUUAUACCUUUUCCUUUAAUUUGUAAAAUUCUUUGUUUAUUACUUGAAAAAAAACC